AUGGGCGACGCUGGUGCUUCUCCCUUUCCCUCUCCCUUCAAGACCUGGCACGCUGACACCUACCCGGGUAUUGACCCUUCGCGUCCCGAGCUUUCACUCAAGGGGAAGACAGCCAUCGUGACCGGAGGCGCCGGUGCCAUCGGCUCCGCGAUCGUCAAUGCCUUCGCAAAGGCAGGGGUGAGUCUCAUUGGCAUCGUAGGACGAACACAGAAGACCUUGGACGCCACGAAAGCCAAAUUUGAGUCCCAGUACCCCAACACAAAGAUCGUCGCCGUGACAGCAAACACGGCUUCGUCGUCAAGUGUGGAAGAUGCAUUCAAGUCCAUCCAGCAACAAGCCAACAAGCCGAUCGACAUCUUUGUCCACAAUGCUGGCCAUCUCGCCGAACCCGCGACAAUCGCGUCCUCGGAUCCCAAAGAGUGGUGGACGUCGUUUGAAGUGAAUAUCCUUGGGGCCUUCCACUCGGUGCGAGCAUUCAUCGCCGUGGGAUCUCCCACCGCGACAGUCAUCAACAUCUCGACCGCAGCAAUCCAUGUCCCCGCAGCCUUGGUCACCAAUUUGUCAGCGUACGCGUCGUCCAAACUCGCCGCCCUCAAGGUCUUCGAGUUCGUCCAAAGCGAGCACCCGGACUGGCAUGUGGUCAAUGUCCAGCCGGGGGUCAUCUCGAGCGACAUCAAUGCCAAACAUGGGGCCUUGGCACCCACGGAUACGCCGGACCUGCCAGCUUCAUUCGCAGUCUGGGCAUGCAGCCCGGAGGCCAAGUUCCUCAAGAACAAGUUCGUCUGGGCGAACUGGGACACGGACGAAAUGAAGGCCAAAGCUGACGAAAUCGCAAACUCGCCCGCUUUCACGAUGGGUCUGGCCGGGUGGCCCGUAUUGGCUUGA